AUGACAACGAAAGAAUUGUAUACCAAGGAUGCCCGAGUGUGGGUAGAACAUCCAGUGAAAGUAUGGGAGGGUGCUACGGUGACAUCAGAUUACCGCUCCGGGGUCCUCAUUGUGAAAAUAGACCAGACUGGCGAAAUAAGACAAAUCAAGAUAAAGGAUGAGAACCACAUGCCCCCGCUGCGCAACCCUUCGCUGCUUAUCGGCGAGAACGACCUCACCUCGCUCUCCUACCUCCACGAGCCGGCGGUGCUGCACAAUCUCAAAGUCAGGUUCUGCGACAGAAAUGCGAUAUACACUUACUGCGGUAUCGUGCUCGUCGCGAUCAACCCUUACUAUGAUUUGCCUAUUUACGGUGACGAGACGAUCAUGAUGUACCGGGGACAGUCUAUGGGCGAUUUGGAUCCACACAUAUUCGCCGUUUCCGAGGAGGCCUACACCAAGCUGGAGAGAGAGAGGCGGGACCAGAGCAUUAUUGUGAGCGGAGAGUCCGGCGCCGGUAAGACCGUUUCGGCGAAAUACGCGAUGAGAUACUUUGCGGCCGUUGGCGGCAACGCGAGCGAGACCCAAGUGGAACGCAAAGUGCUCGCCUCCAGCCCCAUAAUGGAGUCCAUCGGCAACGCGAAGACGACCCGCAACGACAACUCAUCGCGCUUCGGCAAGUUCAUCGAGAUCCACUUCGACGAGCACUACCGCAUCUCGGGCGCCAGCAUGCGCACCUAUUUGCUGGAGAAGUCGCGCGUGGUCUACCAGAGCGCCGGCGAGAGGAACUACCACAUAUUCUACCAGCUCUGCGCGGCCGCCGUCAACAUGCCCCACCUCAAGCUAGACCAUCAAGAUUCUUUCCACUACCUCAACCAGGGCGGAAGCCCCUUUAUCGACGGCGUUGACGACCUGAAAGCCUUCAACGAGACUAGAAACGCUCUAACGACCCUAGGUGUUUCGGAGACGGAGCAGCAGAACAUGUUCACCGUGCUGGCAGCCGUUCUGCACUUGGGCAACGUUCAGCUGUUCGACGGCGAGCCGGAACCUUCGCCAGGAGAAGAGGAUGCAGAGGGCGCUCACAUCAGCUCGAACGACAAGCACCUGCAAGCGGUGUGCUCGCUGCUGGGCGUGUCGCGCGCCGAGCUGGCCCGCUGGCUGACGCACCGGCGCAUCGCGUCCGCCCACGAGGUGAUCGUGUCGCGGAUGGACGUGAGGCGGGCGGAGUUCGCGCGCGACGCGCUCGCCAAGCGGAUGUACGGCGACCUGUUCGCGUGGCUGGUGCGCGCCGUCAACCGCGCGCUCGACACGGGCCACGCGAAGAGGCACUUUAUCGGUGUACUCGACAUUUACGGUUUCGAAACGUUCGAGAUAAACUCCUUCGAGCAAUUCUGCAUCAAUUACGCUAACGAGAAGUUGCAGCAGCAGUUCAAUUCGCACGUGUUCAAACUGGAGCAGGAUGAGUAUAUAAAGGAGGAGAUAUCGUGGGAGAUGAUCGACUUCUACGACAACCAGCCGUGCAUCGACCUGAUCGAGGAGCGGCUGGGCGUGCUGGCGCUGCUGGACGAGGAGUGCCGCGUGCCGCAGGGCUCCGACGCGGGCUUCGUCGCCAAGCUGCACCAGAACUGCGCCAAGUACCCGCACUUCCUCAAGCCGCGCUUCGGCAACGCCGCUUUCAUAAUAAAGCACUUCGCGGACAACGUGGAGUACCAGUGCGGCGGUUUCCUAGAGAAGAACCGCGACACGGUGUCGGAGGAGCAGCUGGAGUGCAUCAAGUCCGCCACCAGCUGCUGCCUCAUCCACACGAUCUUCGCGGAGGAGAAGCCGGUGGACCAGCACUCGACCCUGCCGCCCCCAUCUCGGAGGAGGACCACGCCGUCCCUCAACAUCGGAAGUCUCACGCAGCCGCCGCGGCGCGCGUCCGGGCAGCAGCAGACGGUGGGCGCGCAGUUCCGCGCCUCGCUGUCUGCGCUGAUGGCCACGCUGUCCGCCACCACGCCCCACUACGUGCGCUGCAUCAAGCCCAACGACACCAAGCAGCCCUUCAGCUUCGACCCGGCACGCGCCGUGCACCAGCUCAGAGCCUGUGGAGUAUUGGAGACUAUAAGAAUAUCAGCGGCUGGUUUCCCGUCGCGGUGGCUGUAUCAGGACUUCUUUCAUAGAUACCGGCUGCUGUGUCUCCAUAAAGACGUCAAUCGUGCCAAUAUCAAGGCCACGUGUGCCAAGAUAUUGGAGAAGCAUUUGAAGGACCCCGACAAGUACCAGUUUGGCGCUACCAAGAUAUUUUUCAGAGCUGGACAGGUGGCGUAUCUGGAGAAGAUCCGCGCGGACAUCCAGCGGCUGUACUGCGUGCGCGUGCAGAGCUGCGUGCGCCGCUUCGUCGCGCGCAAACGCUACCUGCGGCUGCACGCGGCGCUCACGGGGCUGCAGGCGCGCGCGCGCGGCUUCCUGGCCAGGAGGCGCGCCCAGGAGGUGCGCCGCAAGCGCGCCGCCAUCAAGAUCCAGCGCAACGUGCGCGGCUGGCUGGCGCGGCGCCGCUACCGCCGGUUGCGGCGGCUCGCCAUCGGGCUGCAGGCGCACGCGCGCGGCCUCCUCGCGCGCAGGCUCUACCGCGACCGGAGGCGUGUGCUCGCGGUCAUCACGAUCCAGCGGUACGCGCGCGGAUAUCUUGCGAGGAAACGGGUGAAGAAGAUGAAGAGGCAAAUCGUUAUAGCGCAGGCUGCGAUCCGUCGAUUCCUCGCGCGGCGCCAGUACAAGCGGCUGCGCAUCGAGGCCAGGAGCCUCGACCACGUGAAGAGCCUAAACAAGGGCCUGGAGAACAAGAUCAUCAGCCUCCAGCAGCGGCUCGGCGAUGCGGUCGAGCGCUCCAAGGCGAUAGAGCCACUGCAGGCUCAGAUCGCGGAGCUAAAGGCUAAGCUGGAGCUGCUGAAGCUGGUGGAGAUCGAAGCGAAGACUCUCCGAGUGGGCAUGCAAGACAAGGACGGGCUGAUCGCGUCGCUGCGGGCUGAGCUGGAGAGCGAGCGGGACAGCAACAGGCGCCUCGUCGAGGAGAAGAACGGGGUCGAGAACAAGUACAACAAGCACAAGGACGCGUGGCUGGAGGAGAGCAAGAAGUUGGCCGAAGAGCUCAAAAGCGCGAAGGAGCACUUCGAAAUGGCAAUGGAGGAACGCGAUAAGCAACACGAAGCCGAGAAGAGGGCUCUCUGCGCCGAGCUCGAAGCUGAGAGGCAGAGCCGGCAGAAGCUGCUGUCUUCACAAUACGAGCUGCAGGAGAGACUUGACACUCUACAAAGGCCUGUCGCGACCAGAGAGCACCGCCGUUCGCUUUCUGAUGCCAGCAACACUUCGCAACAGGAGGUGGCCGUCGAAGAUGACUACGGCUACGGUUCGGUGCGGUCUGUGGAGAGCUCGCGGCCCGCCCUCGAGGCGGUCAACUGGUCGGCCGGCCACCACAAUGGGCACGCGCCGAUCGCAGACGCCGGUCUGGUCCUUCGGAUGCAGAACAGGAUAUCAGCGCUUCAGAGUGAGCUGUCGAGGACAUCGAAGCGGGCCUACGAUUUGGAGGAACGGCUCAUGAACCGCAUGUCGUCGCCGCCCAGCAACCCGAACAUCGACCGCUUCAGGGUCGAGGAGUUGGAGAUCGAGAACAAGAAGCUGCGGGAGCACCUGGACCGUCUGCGGGCAGCAGGCGACGGCGUCCUCAUCUCCAAGGAAGUCAUAGAACAAUUAAGCGUCAUGCAGAAGGAGUUGGACAGGAGGAGAGAUGAGUGCAUUCAACUUAAGAGCGUCCUUACCAACCAGAAAUCAUGGUUCCAAGCGUUGAAGAGCGUCACCGUGAACCUAAAGUCGCUCGCGACCUCCAACUACGGCUCCGACGUGGACAUCAUCAAUGAAGACGGGGAACUGGCGACCGCCUAUGAAGCUCAGAAGGACAUUAAUAGGCAACUACAGGAGGAGCUGUUGGCGGAAAAGAAAUUCUACUCCGAGCACAUCUCGAAGGCUAAAGCGGAGAUUGAGAGGUUGCGAGAGGAGAAUGAGAAAUAUCAGAAGUUAUUGAGUACAGACUUGAGUCAAGAACCUAAGAAUAAGAGCCAGGAGUAUGCGCAGAAUGAAAUAAUUCGACUGGCCGCCGAAAGUCUUGCAAUACAGGAGCGUGUGGAUAAACUGUCUGAGAGCUGCCGCAGAUACAAGAACCAGAUCCGUCUGCUCGUCAACAGGCUCAAGGAAGCCGGCAUCGAUGACGUCAACGACAUUCUCGAGGGCAACGAUACAACGACCGCUCCGCACUCUAUGUCGACCAUCGAAAUGGCGCCAGUGACGCGCAAGAAAGAGAGGGAGUACCUCGGAAUGUUCGAGUACAAGAUACAGGACGAGCCGAUCAUCAUCAAGAAACUCAUCACCGACCUCAAGCCCCGCGUGGCGGUGACCCUCCUGCCGGGGCUGCCCGCCUACAUCCUGUUCAUGAUGCUGCGCCACAUGGACCACGUGGACGACGAGCCCAAGAUGCACCAGCUCAUGAAGGCGGUGCGCACCGGCGUUAAGAAGACCCUCAAGAAGCGCGCAGACAGCGUCGAGUACAACGCCCUCUGGCUGUCGAACAUGCUCAGGCUGCUGAACAACCUGCGCCAGUACAGCGGCGACGCGGUGUACCAGGCGGCCAACACGCCGCGCCAGAACCAGCAGUGUCUGCGCAUCUUCGACCUCUCCGAGUACCGCCAGGUGCUCAGCGACAUCGCCGUCUGGAUCUACCAGGGCCUGAUCCACCUGCUGGAGCGGCAGCUGGAGCGGCUGAUCCUGCCGGCGAUCCUGGAGUACGAGGAGAUCAACGUGCACUCUGGCCCCGGGCGGGCCGCGCCCUCGCCCGCCGCCCCGCACCCCGCCCCCGCGGGGCCCGCGCGCCUCAAGGCCGAGCUGGCCGCCGUGCGCGACCACCUGCGCACCUUCGCCGUGGACGCAACGCUCACCGUCAUGAUCUUCAAACAGCUUUUCUACUACAUCUGCGCGUACAGCUUGAACCAGCUGCUGCUGCGCAAGGACCUGUGCUGCUGGGCGAAGGGUCUGCAGAUCAGAUACAACAUAUCGCACCUGGAAACCUGGAUCAAAGAGCACCUCGCUGAAUACGGACAGAAAAGCGUGGAGGAGAUUUUGGGCGUGCUGAAGCCGAUCACCCAGGCCGUGCAACUCCUCCAAGCGAGGAAGUCGAUGAUCGACGUAGACAGCACCGUCGAGAUGUGCGCCAACCUCACGGCCAUGCAAGUGUGCAAGAUCCUGAACAUGUACACGCCGGCCGAGGAGUACGAGGUGAAGGUGACCCGCGAGUUCAUCCACGAGAUCCAGAAGAAGAUGCAGGAGCGCGCCUUCCCUGACGCUGCCCACGAACCUCAAAACCUGCUCAUGGACUCGAAGAUGAUAUUCUCCGUUCAAUUCCCGUUCAACCCGUCGUCUAUCCGCCUGGAAGACAUUGAGGUGCCAGAAGUGCUCGAGUUAGAUGGAUUACUGACGAAGAUA